AUGCCCGGAACAGACACCGGGCUUCCGGUAGUUGGUGAUUUACAAUCGAUACCCUUGAAUGAGCUCCGUCGUAGCGUCCCUCCAACAACAUCAGUGCGAGAGUACAUGGAAAGCCAACUCCAGAUAGUCUCUGACACGCUAGCAGUCCCAGUUGCGGACCAGGCUAUUGACGAUAUGAAACUUGAGGCCUUUGCAGUCCAUUUUAUGGAGAGAGAUCUAAUCGACGCUGGUCCUGAUAAUGAAGAGAACGGGUACCCUCUGUGUCACUCAGAUUUGCGGCUUGCCAACAUCAUCGUCAAUGACGAACUGCAAAUCAAUGGUAUAAUCGACUGGGAUGAUGCGAGCACAGUUCCCAAGCAAUUAUUUUCUCCCCCACCGUGGAUUUCAGGUGUAGACGAUCAGAGUAUCAUGGAAUUCCAAUUACUGCAUGCCGAGUUCCGCGGCAUUCUUGUGGCGAAAUCGAAAACCAACUCCAUCUGUGGUGAAAUGUUCAAACAGUGGUAUGGAGGGACAAAAGGAGAGCCCAACAAAGCUUUGUAUGUUGCUCACAUCAUCCGAUACCCUACCGAGCUUGCCGAGGUCGUUGCCCGUCUUCACAAACGACUGGGUUUGAUAGGAAAAUUACGCACCGACAUCCAUGCAUAUUACAAAUCAAGUAUUGCGGUUCAAGAAGAAGUGCAAAAACGUGCAGCUCUAUGUGACGAAUACACAAGCUACCUCAAGAAUCGCGGGCUAUACAAAGAAGAUCGACCGUUGGAUCUAAAAGAGUUGAAAGCAAAUCUUGAAAGGGUUAAGGAGAUGCUUCAGUCCCAAGGUUUGUAG